UGUUGCUGUACAUGGGAUCCGCCUCUCAAAAGUGUAAAACUGCUGGACCAUGCAAUCCUGAACGGAGCUCAGCACGACGUAACGCAAUGCAAUGGAGGUGGCUUAGAAUUGGCAUCCCCUCGCCAAACUAGCAGCCUAUAAAGUUGUUCCCUCGCACGCGCGCCCGCCUCAGAAAGUCUCCACCCUUGAACAUCCAAGUACACUCUCCUCGACAUGAUGAAAUUGGAAACUUUACUUAUAGUCACACUGCCCCUGUGUCUGGGCCAAUUCUCCAUCCAGGGACCGAGUGACGGGAAUCGAGUCUCACAGGGACUAAAGUAUAGCGAAGAGAAGGGAAUUGAGUAUACUGAUCAGAGAGCUUCUCUUGGCUCUGGCGACUUCAAUAUUCAAGGCGCCACCGAUGGAAACACUGACUUCAGGAUUCAGGGCGCCAGUGAUGGGAACAGCGAUUUCCAAAUUCAAGGUGCCACCGAUGGGAAUAGUCAGUUUCAAAUUCAGGGCGCUACGGAUGGGAAUAGUCAGUUUCAAAUUCAGGGCGCUACGGAUGGGAAUGCUGAUUUUAGAAUACAAGGAGCUACCGAUGGACACGGUCAAUCUGCGAUCCAAGGACCUUACGAUGCCAAUCAAGGAGGUGGACGAGCAUUGCAGUAUAAUGAUCCAAGUGGUCUCAGAGUUAAUUGGAGGUCUUAUCAACGGCAAGUUCAGCCGCGUCAACAUGCACAAAGACAGCAGCCAGAACCGCAAUAUGCAGCUGAAACUGCAGCACCUGUUCCAGUAAGAGUUGCUAAAGAACCUGCACAACCAGUUCAUCAACCUCAAACUCAGGUUCCUCCUCAACAACCAAUCAGCUACAGACCCUACAGCAAUGCUCCAUCUCAAAUUAAGCAGAUACUUCAGUUCCAAGCUCAGAUACCUUAUCUCAACAUUAUUCCAGAACAGUACAGGUACGACGAACUGGCUGCUGCUCAGGCUAAUUCUCAACAAGUUCAGGCUCAUUAUCGAGAACAAGCUCAACAGGCACGCGCGCCUGAACCCACUGACGAACAAUACAAACGUCCUCAAGGAAGACCACGUGGACCACCUAGACACAAACGUCAGGCACCUCAACAUCAACAGGCUGCGCCUCAACAACAGUACAGAAGAAUAUCUCAACCGCCGGUUGAACCCCAACCUCAUUAUUCAUCCAAUGUACCUUCCCAGAUUCAACAACUUCUCAACUAUCAGUCGCAGCUUCCUUACAAUAUCAUUGCUAAUCAAAUUGUUUAUCGUCCUGAUAAGCCUUACGUUCCUCAGCCUGUUCAACCUUCUGCCCCUGCAAAUGCUCAGUAUCAAAGUCAAGGCCAAGGGCCUUACAAUCAGGGCCAAGGUGGAGUUCGUCCAGUCACUGAAAAACAAUAUGCAGCGAACCAUGAAAGCUGGUGGUGGCCAUUUACCCUGCAAACGCUCGCCCAUAUAGAAGUGCAUCGCGACUUUGGUCGCCAGUUUUCUCAAGUUCCCGUUGAAAUCGUCAUCCGGCUUAUCGUCAUGAAGGUCCCGAUUUUACUCCUGCUGGCGAUUCCUGUAUGUCUGUGUGCAGAUCCGCUGGCCGAUAGCCUCUGGCCCGUGGAGGUACCUCAGUAUAUGAGAAUCGAACACUUACGCACGCGACGAGAUGCGAAUCCUCCAGCGGACCAGGUCAGCUACAGACCUUAUUCACAGGCCCCAAGCCAGAUCAAGCAGCUGCUUCAAUUUCAACAAGCUCGUGAACCACUGGUUCACAUUCCGUCACAGCCGCCGCCACAACUCGGUCCUGCCAAACCGAUAGAGCCGCAAUAUCAAACACAGUCCCAAGUUUCUCAAUAUAAUCCACAAGUUCAGUAUGGGUCUGCGCCGCAGCAACCGACUUAUAAGGCCCAGAGUGCGAAUGUGCCGGCCCAGUAUCGACCUCAGCAGGCUCAGGCGCAGCAGUACUCUCCGCAGUAUCGCGCUCAGGCAGCUCAACAGGCUCAAAAUGUUCAGCCUAAUUACAACAGGCCUGUGUACCGUCCAUCGCCACAACAGCAGGCUGCACCGCGACAGCCACAAUAUUCGAAUAAAUUGCCGCCCCAGAUUCAGCAAUUGCUCCAAGUGCAAGCUCAGCUACCGAAUGCCAUCCCUCAGGGUCGUCCUCAGGGUCAUCAGGGACCACCACAAUCUCAGGUCUUUCAACCUGAACAACGACGGCUUUAUUAAAAUGCAUAAAGUUUUUUUUUUUUCAUUUUCAGGUAAUUCUUUCCCUAUCAUUUCUCUUCUUCGUUAUAUUAUUCAAACUGAUCCUUUUCAUUAGCAUUGCAAUCCUUGUCACCGGUGUACUUUCUAUAAGUGUUGGGAAGUCGAAUAAAAAGAAACCUUAAUAUAUCUGAAAAUUAUCAUAAGUAUCGUGUGUUGGAUGUCGUACGAAAUGUAGAAUAGUAAAGAAUUGAGAUAUUAUCAAAAAGUGAUUUGCAAAAUAUUCCAUACUCCUCUGAACUGAUACCGUAGCCAUAACAGCUCCUAAAGCGAAGUGGAUCUGAUAAAUCUGCGUCACCUUCAACCCCUGCUAAAUCCAAGGGCUGCUUCCAAGAGGUAUAAGGGUGACG